GCGGGCUUAGGGCUGACUGUCUGUCCCUCUCUCACUCCAAUUGGAUAAGGCCACACCGGUCCGGUGGCCAAUCGAUGCCUCUUGUGGCGAGGUAUAAGUAAGGCUCUCGAGGUGGCCAGCGGCUCAUUCAGACAUUCUGUGACAUACUGAAGCUACCAAUAUGAGCGGAAGAGGCAAAACCGGAGGCAAGGCCAGGGCGAAGGCAAAGACACGUUCAUCCCGUGCCGGGCUCCAGUUCCCCGUGGGCCGUGUGCACAGGCUGCUGCGCAAAGGCAACUACGCCGAGCGUGUGGGCGCUGGCGCACCAGUCUACCUGGCCGCAGUGCUCGAGUACCUGACCGCUGAGAUCCUGGAGUUGGCCGGAAACGCUGCCCGUGACAACAAGAAGACUCGUAUCAUCCCCCGUCACCUGCAGCUGGCAGUCCGUAACGACGAGGAGCUGAACAAACUGCUUGGCGGCGUGACCAUCGCUCAGGGUGGUGUUCUGCCCAACAUCCAGGCAGUGCUGCUCCCCAAGAAGACUGAGAAAGCCGUCAAAGCCAAGGUAGGAAUGUCUACCAAUAUGAGCGGAAGAGGCAAAACCGGAGGCAAGGCCAGGGCGAAGGCAAAGACACGUUCAUCCCGUGCCGGGCUCCAGUUCCCCGUGGGCCGUGUGCACAGGCUGCUGCGCAAAGGCAACUACGCCGAGCGUGUGGGCGCUGGCGCACCAGUCUACCUGGCCGCAGUGCUCGAGUACCUGACCGCUGAGAUCCUGGAGUUGGCCGGAAACGCUGCCCGUGACAACAAGAAGACUCGUAUCAUCCCCCGUCACCUGCAGCUGGCAGUCCGUAACGACGAGGAGCUGAACAAACUGCUUGGCGGCGUGACCAUCGCUCAGGGUGGUGUUCUGCCCAACAUCCAGGCAGUGCUGCUCCCCAAGAAGACUGAGAAAGCCGUCAAAGCCAAGUAAAAUCGCUGGUGCGGCUGCAACUUGACUACUCAACCCCCAAAGGCUCUUUUAAGAGCCAACCACCUAGCUCAGCAAAAGCGCAAAGUGUCCUUUCUGUGCCUGGCCAACUAUUGGGCGUGUUUGUUAGAUACACACACAUAUACACGGCACCGUAUCAUGAGACCUAAAUGAAGAAUAACAACUACUAGGCUAGAAUGAGAGGGCAAAAUAUUGCGCGUAAAGUGUAACGUUGCUCGCUGCCCUAACAAAAGACCCAAGCGCGCCUCGGCGAGGGAGGGGGUUGCAUUUUGGGGCGGCACGGAGAGGCCGAGCCUCCCGUCCAAUGGGCGGCGGAGGAGGCCUCCGCAACGGGCCAAUCGGGACGGUGCGGAGAUGGUGACCAAUCAGCAGACGCCGCUGCCGGCUUUAUAAACUUCACAUAGGCAUUUGGAGGCUAUACUCCGACU